AAUGAGAUUAGCCUGCAUUGCACACAAGCACACAAACACAUGUGUUGGUGUAGAAUUUCACACUACUUUUGUCAAAACUCAGAUCUAGGAGAGUUAGUGAUGCUCUCUUAUUAAUUAUUUCAUUUGCUGCUAGAAAGAUUUUAUUCAGCUGCUUGCAUUUUAGUGUAGUGACAGAAAACUAUUGAAUUGACACAGAUCUAAGGACGACGGUAGUACAGCGAUAGUUCAAUAUAAAAAUUUUUUAAUUUUAUUGAUAAAGCAUAAAAAGUCAAGAAAUUUGUUUGUUAUUUAAUGAUGGCAAGUGUUGUUGCUAAUGCCGGAUUAAUUCCUAUUAACGAAAGUGAAACUUUUUAUCAAAUCAGUGAUGAUGAUCUAGAGGACUUUGACGAUGAUUGUUUGUUGGACGAACCUGAAAACCCUCAUGUAUUCAGCAACAGUCGUGGUCCAUAUGAGCGAGCUUGGACAAAUGAUGCAACACGUGCUCUAAUUCAUAUACGUGGUCCUAUGGAAGAUCGUUUCACUGAGGGCAGACAAAAACGUACCGCACUUUGGUUGAGUUGCACUCGACAAUUACAGAGACUUGGCUAUCGCUACAGCGCUGCAAAAGUACAAAAAAAGUGGCAUAAUAUCCUAAUUACAUAUAACAAAAAUCUCAGUAAAAAAUAUGCUUGUGGUUUUGUGCAUUGGGAAUUUUUCGAGGAUAUGUUUAAGUACUUACAAGGUAAAAAAGCUGAUUGUGAUGCCAGUUUUCAGUUAAAUUCGCAAUCACAGAUUGAAAGUAAUUCACCACAAAUAAAGCAGUCCGGCACACCAACGCCGUUAAAUCAAAAUUACCAAAGCACUACAGAUCAAAAGCCACCACGUAUACAGAUAACAAAUAAUAUACAAGGAAUGUAUAGUCCACACGAAUCCAUUUUACAUCCACAUGUACAAAUCGAUACUAAGUCAAAUGAUGAAUUUGAUGAAGAUAGCACAACCAUGUCAGAGCUAAAACAACCUAAAAUGGAAUAUAAAAGUGAAAAUGAUAAUUCCAAUGAUUUGCAUAUGCAGCCUUUAAAUGGCUUCCCCAAUGGAAAUAAUUUUGAUUUCAUGAAUAAUUCUAAAUUUGAACAAGACACGAACAGUGGUUGGUGGAUGGAUUAUUUUGAGAGGAAGCUCAAACAACAAUCUGAUAUGCAUCGGGAAAUGAUGCAAUUCAAUAAAAUGGCUUUGCUACAACAGGAAAAGAUUGAACGAAUCAAAAUCGAAGCUAUAAAUAAUUUAACCUCUACUCUUCAGAAACUUGUAGAAACUAAGAUGAAGAAAGUCUAAAUAUCGUUAUCCUAUUAUCAGAAACAUAAAUUCAUGGAGAUACUAAAUCUUAUACACUACAAACUAACCAAAAAUAAGUGCCAACUGCCUAGAGCAGGUCCUUCAGCUCAAAUAUGAAUGAAAGUGUAACAAAAACUUUUUCUAUUUACGAUAUAAAAA